UCUAAAUGCAAAUCUCUUGGCAGUCAAGAUAAAGAGACGGAGCCUAGCAUUCGGAAGAUCGAGAGAGAGCUGACCUCCUCAACGAGCGAUGAAGAAGACGAGAAUAUCGAGUUUGGAGACUCGAAGACUAUGGGGACGAUAAUCAUGGAGUCGAGCCCGAGUAAUUCGUGUCGAGGCAGGAAUUCGAGGUCAGAGCCCAACGUCUGGGAUAUGCAGCGUUUCAAGAGCGUCACCCUCGACCGGAUGGGCAAGAUGAUGAAAAUGCACUCGAAGCUGAACGAGGAGAAGUCGGAGAUAAUGAAUUCAUCCAGGAACAAAGAAGAUAUGUUAAAAAAGUAUAAAUUCAAUUCUUUAUCAAGAAUGUUAAAGCUCUCGAAUAAAGAUGAGAAAGCACAGCCUGUGGAACAGCAUCGGGGACGUUCGCUCACGAGAUUUUUCCAAAGAAAAAUGCUAAACGAGGGUGAUAAUGUACAAGCCAAAUCAGACGAACGUAUUCGUGGCAUUUUUUCCAGAAUACUUGGGCAAAUUAGAGGUCGUAUUACCAAACAUAAUUCGUCGGCUAAUCAUUUAUCGCAAAAAGCAAUGGAUAAUCCAAUCUCGUUGCCGACACCGUCAGUACACUCAGGUCGAUCGAAUUUAAGUCUCAAAAGUUUGGAUCCAGAAAUAAAUUCUUACCAUCAAGCUUGAAGAAGACACUUAAAUACUUAAAAUUCAAAAAU